AUGCCGCUGACAACACAGACGUGGCCAGACAGCUGGAGGAGGCAGAGCAGAGCCAGCCAGGUCAGCUCCAGCUCCAAGACCCAGAUACUGACCCAACAUCAAGACAUCAAGAAACAGAUGGACGACGACUUCAAGCAGGCAGCAGUCUGGCAGCGCUGCGUCAGGAGUGAGGUGUUGAAGGAACAUCUGGCGGAGGAGCAGGAGAACAAGUUGGAGCUGCAGCACCUCCUCUCCAAACUCAACACUGAGGUCACGCACUGGAGGACCAGACACGAGGCUAAUGCCAUACAGCCAUACCCCGGGGGGAUCGUAAGAUCACCCAGUUCCGUGGGGUCAGAGGUGAGAAGAUCAUCAACGACUCUGCCAGCACCCUUAUGCCAGCCUAUCUCAUCUCCCUGAAGAAACUCAUGGUAGAGUAGCACCCGCUCAUGUAUAUAAACCCUCGA